AUGAUAUCGGAGAAAGAGGCUCAGAAGCCUUUAUUGGCGAUUUAUCAUGACGAUCACAAAUGUUCAAAUGAUCAAGAGGAAUCCACUCCAACUCCUACAUCAAGAUGCGUGAAUUCUAGGCAGAAAUCCAUCGCUCGGUUUUUUGUUCUCUUUGUGUUGUAUAUGUGCUACGCCCUAUGGAAUUCCAAGGGAACUGCAACUGCCCCGUCUCUAAACGAAAAUACAAAGUACGGAGAUGAUAGUGAUGUUGGAGCGUACUUUAGAGGUAUCGCUGCUAAAGGAAUGAAAUUCGCCCUUCCUUUCCCUAACAGGCAUCACAAACAUAAACAUAAUCAUCAUCACCAUGAUCAUCACCCUCACCAUCCUCAUCAUCGUCCUCAUGGACAUAUCUCUCCCAAGGACGCUGAGAAGAUAUUCCUUUCUGUUCCAAACAACGAUAGUGUAGCAGCCGCGUCCGAGAGAUACACUGCACACCCUCAUCGGGCUGGAUCAGGCUACGAUCUCUAUUCGGCACUCACGUUGAAGAAUGAAUGGGAAAGGGAAUUAGGUUUACGGGUUUCUGGUGCGGAUGAAUAUAUCUAUGAUGCCGGAUCAACAAACUCUCAAAAGAGGAUUAGAGGUGGAGUUGAUAAAUUAGGUGUAUGGGUUGAUACUUAUUACCCAGUCUUGAAUACGCCUGUUCAUGCUUCUGUCACUCUUUUGACUGAUCCACCAUUCAAAGCUAAAUUAAGAGAAGAUAUAGUUGAUGGUGAUCCGGAUUCACAAUUAAGAGAUGAAGUUCCCGUCUUCCACGGAUUAUCAGCUAGUGGUGAUAUUAAAGCGAAAUAUGUUUAUGCUGGUUAUGGAAGAAAGAAGGAUUUCGAUCUCUUACAAGAGAAAGGUAUCAACUUCAAUGGUAAGAUCGUCUUGACUAAAUAUGGAGGUUCCUUCAGAGGUCUCAAAGUGAAAGCCGCGCAAGAAGCUGGUGCAGCUGGUGUCAUCAUUUUUACUGAUCCAGGGGAUGAUGGUGAGAUCACCGAAGCGAAUGGAUAUCAAGCAUACCCUGAAGGCCCGGCCAGACAGCCAAGUAGUGUCCAGAGGGGUAGUGUCCAGUUUUUGUCCAAAUACCCAGGUGAUCCAAGUACCCCAGGGGAACCAGCAUACAAGAACGCUACUCGUGUUGAAAGUGGUAGUCAACCUUCUAUCCCUUCUCUACCUAUGUCAUAUGAAGAUGUAAUCCCUCUUCUCAAAGCUCUUGAAGGCAAAGGCAUUCACGCUUCCGACCUCGGUGCUGAUUUCGUUGGAGGGCUUGAAUAUCAUGGCGUAGACUAUUACAUCGGUCCAAGUGAGGUCGACCUUCAUUUGGUCAAUGAAAUGAACGAUAGAAUUCUACCAAUCUGGAAUACUAUGGCUGUUAUUCCUGGUCAUAUCGCAGAUGAAGUCAUCAUUUUAGGUAAUCACAGAGAUGCAUGGGUGCUUGGAGCUUCCGAUCCCAGUUCAGGAACUGCAUCGCAAUAUGAGGUAGUUCGAGGUCUUGGUGCUCUCCUUAAGAAAGGUUGGAAACCACUUCGGACUAUAGUAUUGACCAGUUGGGACGCAGAAGAAUAUGGUUUAGUUGGAUCUGUCGAAUGGGCCGAAGAUUUCGGUGAUUGGCUUGUGGAUAAUGCUGUCGCAUAUCUGAAUUUGGAUGGUUCAGCCUCGGGAACCAAUUUCCAUGCUUCAGCUUCUCCUUCACUCGCAUUACUACUGAAAGCAGCUGCGGAAGAAAUUAAUUCUAGUUCUCAACCUGAUAAAUCAGUCUUCGAUACCAGAGAUUCCGCCGGUGAUUGGGAUGAACAUAAUGCUAAAUCAGGUUUGAUGGAAGAAUACGAAAAUUACUUAGCUGAAAAAGGAUCUGGAAUUGGUGCUCUUGGUUCGGGUUCCGAUUAUACGCCUUUCUUGCAACGAUACGGAAUUGCAUCUAGUGAUCUGGGUUAUGGAGGUGGACCCAAAGAUCCCGUAUACCAUUAUCACUCAAUUUACGAUUCUCAUACUUGGCAAGCUAAAUACGGAGAUAUUGGUUUCCACAGACAUACAGAUGCUGCCAAAGUCAUUGGUCUAUUGCUGCUUCGACUUGCUGACACACUAAUUCUACCUUUGAACACUACCCAAUACGCUCGUGAUUUAGGGUAUUAUCUUGAAAAAGUCGAAGUCAUAGCCAAUUCAACUUCCCUUCUCGAUUCAAUCAAUUUCUCAACACUAUCGAAAUCCAUCGAAUCAAUCCAAGAAUCAUCUAUCAAGCUUGAUACUGAACGUGUUGAGGUAUUAGAGAAAUUGAGGAAAUUAUUACCUAAACCUAAAUCUGAGAAGAAACGUUCAUUCAUCUCCAGGCUUUUCAACAAGAAAUGUUCUUCCCAUAACCAAGAGGAUCUCGAUAUUCAAAUCCAAACUUGGGAAUCUGCUGAAAGGACGGAAUUGGAGCUUCCUCGAUUACCUCAUUUACCUAUUCCCCGACUACCUUCUCCAGAUAAGAUCAAGGAAAUCAAAAAGGUUUUAGGAGAAAUAAGAGUGAUCAAUAAGAAAUUACAAAAGUUCGAAUACGGUUUCAUAUCAACAGAUGGACUAAAAGAUCGAGAAUGGUAUAAACAUAAAGUAACCGCACCAGGUUUAUGGCUAGGAUACGGUGCAACUACCUUCCCUGCUAUAACUGAAGCUUUGACUAUUGAUCAUUCGAGUGAUUUGGCUCAAAAGGAAGUCGAUCAAUUGGCUGAAAUGCUUAAUACCGUUGCACAGAAAUUGUCUGCGUAG